AUGGCAUACCGCUUAACAUUGCCUACCGCUCUGGCUAGAAUUCAUAACGUCUUGCACAUAUCCAUGUUGAAAAAGUAUACGCUAGACGAAUUGCACAUCGUUAGCUGGGAGCAGGUCGAGCUCACUGAGGAUGAUUUGUACACCGAGGAACUUGUUUGCAUCUUGGAUCGCAAAGAGCAGGUAUUACAGACAAAGACAAUACUGCUAGUCAAGGUCCUCUGGUCGCACCAUGGUGAGGAGGAAGCAACCUGGGAACGAGAAGCAGAAGUCAUGGACAAAUACCCUCACCUAUUCGGCAGCACACUACAGCUGGGCAGUAGCUGCAAAAACUACUUCAAAUGGCCUCCAAAUGGGCUAAGAAAGUGGUUGAAAACAGACUCCGAAACGAGCUCUGUAACUGGCUGA